AUGCUUUUUUUUUUAUUCUACAGACCGAUCAUCACCAAGGUGUUUAAUGAUCCCAUCCAUGGUAGCAUAGAGUUACACCCACUCCUCAUCAAGAUCAUUGACACACCUCAGUUCCAGAGACUUCGAUUCAUAAAGCAGCUUGGAGGUGUCUACUUUGUUUACCCUGGAGCGUCUCACAACCGCUUUGAACACUCGAUCGGGGUGGGAUACUUAGCAGGAAAACUUGCUGAGGCUCUCAGGUCAAGGCAGCCGGAACUCAAAAUCGAUGACAGAGACGUCCUUUGUGUUCAGAUUGCUGGCCUCUGUCAUGACCUGGGUCAUGGACCCUUUUCCCAUCUGUAUGAUGGAAUGUUCCUCCCAAAUUUGACUCUGGUUUUGAAAUAUACUCUUCAAAUGUGGGGGAAAUUAAAGUAUGUGGGAUUAUUAUAUUUAUGUUUUAAAUCUUGUGUUGACACAUUUAUGAGUCUGUGUGUCUUGCAGCAUGAAAAGGGCUCUUGUGACAUGCUAGACCACAUGCUGAAACAGAAGUAUCUUAAACCAGCGAUCCCUGAAGAAGACAUGGAAGUAGACAGAAGACUACAGGAAUCUAAAGAGCAGGAGUGGCCGUACAAAGGGCGCCCAAAAGAAAAUUCCUUCCUCUAUGAAAUUGUGUCCAACAAAAAAAACGGCGUUGAUGUGGACAAGUUUGACUACUUGGCCAGGGACUCUUCCUACCUGGGGAUCAAGAACAACUUUGACUUUCGUCGCUUCCUGCAGUUUGCCAGAGUGUGUGAGGUUGAUGGCAGGAAAACUAUCUGCACCAGAGACAAGGAGGAAGACCAUAUGUACCACUUGUUCUAUACAAGACACCAUCUCCACAAAAGAGCCUGUCAGCAUAGAGUAAGCCACAUCAUACAAGAAAUGAUUGCAGAGGCUUUUUUGAAAGCAGACGGUCACAUUCAGAUUGAAGGAUCAGGAGGGAGGAUGUUCACUCUCUCUACAGCCAAUGAGGACAUGGAGGCCUACACAAAGCUCACAGACAACGUGUUUGAGGAAAUACUGAAGUCUUCCUGCUCAGAGCUAAAAAAGGCAAGAGAGAUUCUGCAAAACAUCAUCUCUCGAAAGAGCUACAAGUUUGUUGUGAGAGAAAGCCAAAGGACCCCAUCGAGGAUUGGAAAACUCUGCCUGCACAGAAAGCCGGAUUACUGGCUGGAAAAAUUAUUGGCUCAACCCCUCCCUGACGAGGAAGAAAACAACCUGAAACCAGAGGACUUUGAAAUCCUGGUCAUUGAAAUGGACUAUGGCAUGGACGACAAGGACCCUAUCCAACAUGUUCAUUUCUACAGCAAAUCUGAGCUUGACGUGGCAAAGCCAAUGCCCGAAGAAAAGGGAUCCAGGAUUCGCACAACGUGCUUUUCUGAGCAGCUGAUCAGGGUCUUCUGUAACAAGAUUGAUGACAAGAGUGUGGAGGCUGCCAAAAAGCACUUUAAACAGUGGCUGGAGAAGAAUCCAUAUCUGGAUGGAUCUGAGGAGGCAAGAAAGAUUCUGCAAAAAAUUGUCUCUGGAGAGAUCUACAAGUUUGUUGGUGAGAGAAAGCCAGAGGAGACCAUCAAGGAUUGGAAAAGCCAGAUUUCUGGCUGGAAAGAAGGAUUGGCUCAACCCCUCCCUGACGAGGAAGAAAACAACCUGAAACCAGAGGACUUUGAAAUCCUGGUCAUUAACAAGGACUACGGCAUGAAAGACGAGAACAGGAAAAAUGAAUCCAGGAUUCGCACAUUGAUCUUUUCUGAGCAGCUGAUCAGGGUCUUCUGUAAGGAGAUUGAUGACGAG